AUGUCUGCGUUGUCUCAUCAGUGCUUUGCUUUUGCAGCAUUCAUAACCGUCAAAGGGAGGAGUUAUCUCGAACAUUAUGGCAAUCGUGGAGUCGUCUGUGACGACACAUUCAAUGUAACAAAGUACUCCUUUCGGCUAGCAACACUAUUGGUUACCGACGAUAGUGGUAAUGGGUUUCCUUGCGCCCAUGUUCUGUCAUAUCGCAUGACCUCUGCUGAAAUGGAGAACCUGUUUCAACUAGUAAAGCAAUUGGUGCCCAGUUUCGAUCCGCAGUAUUUCAUGCCAGAUGAUACGCUAACUUUUUUCAAUGCAUUCAAAACUGUUUUCCCAUACAGUCGAGCAAAGAAAGUCCUUUGCUGCUUUCAUGUUUUACAAAUCUUCAAAAGAAAGCACAAGGAAUUGCUGAAGGCGGAAUUUCUACCGACUGCUGAAAAGCUGAUACGUGCAAUCUUAUUUGACACCGACAAGGUCAAUUUUGAAAACGGCUUUGCAGCGUACAUGACAUGGCUCGUUAACAUUGGAGCUUCAGAUAUGCUUGCUGUGAGAUGCUUUGAUUGCUUUGGCCUCUUUUGA